GAAGAAUUCUUUUCUGAUACUCUAUCUUUUCCAUACAUACAAUCAUUUAGUCGUUAUCACAGGAUAUUGUUUUAUUUGUUUCAUGUAUAUAUAAUUGUACAAACUGUUUCCUCUUCCUUUAAUACCUUCACGCUUGCUUGUUUCAUAUUCAUAUGUAGAGUUCAUACAUUUGGUCCAAAAAACGCCCCUCUCUGGGAAAAUUACCUAUUCUGCUAGACAUCGCUUUCAUUAGUUUACUACAUACCCAAAAUGACUCCAUCCAUAGCUCUCGAUGCUGCCGGUGCAUGCUCAACCUCUCUCUCAGCCAGCAAAACCUCCUCACCCCCCGACUCCUUCCAUCAACUCGUCGCAGACCUCUCCCAAAUUCUCGGGCCGUCCUCCGGCCUCACAUCCGCGGACGUGGAUGUGCAGCAGCUCCGCUCCUUAAUGGAGCGUUACAUUUCCAACGAAGACGAAUGGCGAAAAUACGCAUUUGCAGAUUUGAGCAGAGGCUACACGAGAAAUUUGGUAGAUGAAGGGAACGGGAAGAGUAAUCUGUUAAUUCUCGUCUGGAGUCCAGGAAAAGGCUCGCCCCUACACGACCACGCAGAUGCGCAUUGUCUUAUGAAAGUCCUCUCCGGAACUCUCUCCGAAACCCAAUAUACAUUCCCUUCUGUUUCCGCUUCCGCCUCCGGAUCCACUACCUCCACAUCUUCCUCAACCGCAUCCCAACCUCCCAAUACCCCUCCCACAGUGAUAAAAACCACAACCUACACCGCGAACCAAGUAACCUACAUGUCCGAUGAUCUAGGCCUCCACAGAAUAUCGAAUCCCGAUCCCGAAAACGUGGCUGUGAGUUUACAUCUAUACACACCACCGAAUGCAGCGAGAGAGGGUUGUCAUAUAUUCGAUGAGAAGACGGGAAGGAAAAGCCAUGUUACGCAGUCUAACUUCUACUCGGUGUUUGGAGAAAGAGUUAGCGGACAGGUGUAGAUUGUAUUGUAUGAUUGUUUUGAAGAUUUGGAGAUAAAAGAGAUCUAGACUUUGUUUUGUAUUUUCGCAAAGACUUAGAUAUGAGAGAAGAUGUAGAUGUAAGUUUAAACUGUACAGUAUUUAGAAAUUGGGAUGGAACAUGUGAUGUCUCAUUUGGUGUCGUUGGAUAUCAUUCCAGAAGCUUUUUAGAUCACCCUUAACCACAUAAUACGGCAAUACAAUGCCUAUCUUAGAGAGUUGGACA